CCAGCUCUUUGCCCACCCUCAUGCUAUUGUUUGGCACCGCAUGUUGGCACUUUGGAGCUGGGCGGGGGGCUUCAAAUGUUCUAGAUCACAUGUUUAUUUAAAAAUGGCUGCUCUGCCUGUGAGUGCACAAGAGGUAUUGCGGCGUACAGUAUUGUUCUAGUGCUUGAGCGACCCGAUGACUCGGCUCUUCUAGAUGGUUUUUCUUCCCAAUGGGGCCACUGUUGGCCCGGCUGUCUGGAUGGAUCUUUGAAAGAAUGAAAAUAUCAUUGGAGUGUGAGAAUUACCUCUGCUGGAUAAUUUCCUCCUGCUCACUCUGCAUAGAUGAUCUUUGCAAAAAUGUUCUAGUUUCUUCUUCAGCCCGACUGUGGAUUACUGCGACCAAAUUUGGCCUUGACGUUUAUGCCUUAUUUGAAAACCAAAAAAAAUAAGGAUGGCCAGAAGCGGGAGCAGGACUACUCUUCUGAAAGCCAUUCCAGAAUUGUUUUUCCAACAUUCCAGUAUAAGAUGAGCUACCAGCGAGUGGGGAAGUGCAUCAUCAUCAACAACAAAAACUUUGAUGAAAACACGGGGAUGAAUGUUCGCAAUGGGACGGACCGGGACGCAGGUGAGCUGUUUAAGUGCUUCAGGAGCCUGGGCUUUGAAGUCGUCGUUCAUAACGACCAGACGUGCGAGAAGAUGGAGUAUCUUCUCAAACAAGCCUCAGAGGAAGACCACAGCGACAGCUCGUGUUUCGCCUGCAUUUUGCUGAGUCAUGGUGAGGAAGGCAUGAUCUACGGCACAGACGCGGCCAUGCCCAUCAAGACCAUCACCUCCCUGUUCAGGGGGGACAAGUGCAAAAGCUUAGUCGGAAAGCCAAAACUCUUCUUCAUCCAGGCUUGUCGAGGUUCUGAAUUUGAUGAAGGUGUCCAGACAGAUUCAGGUCCACCAAACGACACCCUGGAGACCGAUGCUAAUCCAAGACAUAAAAUCCCUGUUGAGGCAGAUUUUCUGUUUGCAUACUCCACUGUGCCAGGAUAUUACUCAUGGAGGAACCCGGGCCGCGGAUCCUGGUUCGUCCAGGCGCUCUGUAACGUCCUCAGCGAGUUCGGCAAGCAGCUGGAGAUAAUGCAGAUCCUAACGCGGGUCAACUACAUGGUGGCCACCAGUUUCGAGUCCUGGUCGGAGGAUCCGCGUUUCAGUGAGAAGAAACAGAUUCCCUGUGUGGUCUCCAUGCUGACCAAAGAACUGUACUUCAACUGAUAUCCUGCCUGUACUGUAAGACAGAGACUCACUGACUGACCAGACUGACUCGACCGGCUGUUUCAGGCGAUGCGCAAGCAGUCGAAGCAUUCAGGGAUGAUUCAGGCCCGACAGGACCCAGCGCAUUUAGAGCAUGCCACUUUGUCUACGUGUGAAGUUGGGCCUGACGACAAUCAAAAAUAACACUCUGAGUUCAUGUGUUUACAGUAAAACCUCCUCUUCAGGCUCCCCCUUGAAAUACUAGUCACAUUUAAGCCGAUUGUUGUCGACAGACAUUGUGAAUUAUAUAUGUUUGAUCUACCGACCCAUAAAAUUAGCUGCCAGUUUUUAUGGGUUGGUGGAUUCAUAUCUGAAUAUGCGUUUCUCCAUUUUACAGCACUUAUUUGUCUAGACAUAUAAUUUUUUUUAGCUAAUUAGCCCACCUAAUGAAUUACAAAAACAACUACUACUCUUGUGGAUCUGUUCGUAGCUAACAUUAGCAUUAGCAUGCAGUCACAAAAAGACUUUAAAACGGUUAAAGCAGACAUUUAAAUACACUUCACUAAAACAUGCAAAGCAUUAGUGUUUCACACUUAGAGUUUAAGGCUUUAAUGAUUAAUUAAAGCAUUAAUCAUAAUUAAUGCUUUAUUAACGCCUAAUUAACCAUAAUUAAUGCUUUUAUUAUAAUUAAAGCAUAAAUUAUGAUGAAUAAAAUACAAAAACUUUCAAGCAUGUUUCUACAACCCCUAGUGACCUUUAACUAACUCUACAGUGUAACCAAAUGUUGUGAUUUAUUAGACCGUAACUGAGGAUUUUAAAUCUCUACUGAUUAUAAAUGUAUUAAAUUACUAUAUAUUCUUGCAUCGAUCAAAGAUUAAGGAUAUAUUUACGGUUAAAAGGACAGGAAAUGAGAGCUUUAGGAUUGUUCUCGCAUCAUAAUCAAUGUUUUUAUUUCCAAAUACGGUUGAAAAGGCUAGUUUUUGCUGUUCUUCUGGUUUUUUAUUUAUUUUAAUUUAAAUUUCAGCUUUGAAUUUGCACAACAGACGGAAUAUAAUAGUACAAAGAUUGUUUUAUUUAUAUUAUUUAGCUCUAAACUACGUGUUUCAGCUGCUCUCUAAUGAGAUUUUUUAACAGGUCAUAUUAUUCAGCAUCAUUACAAUAGUUAAAAAAACAAUUGACUCUUAAAAAGCUGCAGUAUGUAACUUUUAUAAAAAUAUAUGUAUAUAGUUUUUACAUAUUUUGUAAAAUUAUAAUUAUGUUUUGACUGUAAAAUGUGAGACAAUCUAGUUCCUCUACUUUCUCCUAGUUUUUCCAGUACUAGCUGCAGAAAUGCACCACUCUGUCAGAAACAACCAAUCAGAGCCAGGAGGAGGGUUUUAGCGCUGUCAAUCACUCUCAUGUUCACGCCCUGGUUCACGACAACACAGCCUGCCACGAGUGCUAAUGCUAGCUAGCAUAGCCACCAAUUAUGGCGGAUAUGUGGUUUUUCUGUAACCGUAAGUUGUUUCUCUGCCAUUAGUACAUUUAGCAGCAAGUAUAUGAGGAUGAUUGACAGCGCCAAGACCUUUCUCCUGGCUCUGAUUGAUUGCUUUGACUGCAGUUGUACGAUUGCGCCGUCUCAGCAUGGUAACAGCUUUAAUAAAUAUGUAAAAAACAUAUUUUUGUAAGCUACGUACUGCAGCUUUAAGGGAAACACACACAACUGACAAAGUAACUUUUACAGCCUUAAUAAUUUCUGCACAUAAUUUUAUUUAGUUGAAGAUUUUCAGUUUGUAUUUGCUAAAGUGAAUGUCAAGUUUGAACAGAUCCCAGGAGAUUGGCCAGAAACACCACCCAGCAAAAAAUAAUCAUAAACUGACUUAGACAAAAGUUGCCACAAAUAAUUUUGAACGACCGUCUAGAUCAGGAAAACGGAGCAGAUCAUUUUCAGAUGUGGAUGUUUUUAAAGUUUCAGCUGUCAGAUUUAGUAGCAGUCAAUUAAGAAAAGUUUAAACUCCGACUGCAGCAUUGUCACAACGCUCAAGAUCUCAGCCUUUCCUGUGACCAAGUUGGUAGCAACAUGCUAGU